AUGAGUUAAGAAUUACUCCAUUGUCCUCAAUGCUAAAUGAAUUUUGAUAGAUUCACUCGAACACCUCAAAUGCUACCAAAAUGCGGUCAUUCAAUGUGUUUGCGCUGUCUUAAAGAAUCUAGUAAGAUCAUUUGUCCUGAAGAUGGGUACUCUAUGUGUCAAUUUAUCAGAUUACUUUAACCUGCCGAUCUUACACUCUAUCCAAUCAAUCAAGCUGUUCUGAGAAUCAUAUGCAAAAGCCAAGAUAAUGAUUUAACAUGGAACCCAGACAAAAUACAGUAGUGUCCCUAACACCAUAAACAGCUUGAACUCAUAUGUAUAGAUGACAGGUGCAGAAUCUGUGCAAAUUGUGCUUUAUUUGGUAUUCACAAACAACACAAUAUAUAAAAUGCUGAUGUACCUAUAUUUAUUGAUUUUUAGUAUGUGGACAAAUCAAUCAAGGAAAACCUUAUUCAGACCUAAAAUUUGACUCUCACUAUCCAAGAUAAAAUCAAGUCACUCAAGUUGCCACUCAUUAAUAAGAAGAUACACGAUUAAAUUAGGCUUUGUAUAAAAUAAUAGUAAACUCUUGCUGAAGAAUAAUUUAAAGAAAUAAUCAAUUAGAUACUUCUUAAAUAGUAAAAAGUGCUUGAAGAUAUUGAAUAAAAGUAUAAAUAGUUAGAGGAUCAGUUCUUUAAAAAGGAGACUCUUACUAUUAAUUAAAUCCUUGACAAAGCUGAUUUGUGGAUACUUGGAUCUAAUCAAAAAAUCUAAGAAUUCCAAUUAGCCAAAGAAAAAGGAGAGAUUCCCUACACUUUGUUGCUCUAAGACUCCUCGAAUAAAUAAGGGAACUAAAUCCUUGAAGAAAUAGACGAUUAUCUACUCAAAUUCUAAAAUAAUCUUCAAGACAUUGUUUCUGCCAUCCCAACCUUUAAUCAAUAUGAAUAAGAGUAUUUCGAUGAACCUAAUAUCCUUAAAGAUUUAUCUAUCAUUGAACAGAGUUUCUUGAAAGAAAUUGAUGAAUAGCCACCUCAUAAUGAAUUCCUAGGCUCAUCUCUACCAGAAUCUACUUGCCAAUCUCAACCAUCCUCUAACAAUAUCUCCUAACACACCAUUAGUCCACAAUAACCUCAUCAAAAAAGGGCUUCUUAAUAGUUCGCUUUGGUCUCGCCAAAAGUAUAGAGCAGACAACAAUCUGCCUCCCCCAAGAAACCUGCAGCUAAGAAGAAACUAAACACCAAGGUGGAAUCGAUUCUAUUCAAUUGUAAUGGUGACCAUCUGGAUUUAUCACAAUAAGAACUAGGAGAUGAUGGAAUAAUGAUAUUAGAAGAAUAAAUCAGAAAUAAGAAGAUCAAAAUUAUUAAAUUAAUGAGGAAUCGUAUAAGUGAUGUAGGUGCUAUGAAAUUGAUGGAAUUGCAUUGUUAAGUGUUGUAUCUUUAAUCAAAUGUGAUUACUGAAAAGUUUUUGGAUAUGAUUAUGAAUGCUAUUUUGAAGUAGAUUCAGAUUCACAUCAAAACUGUGUAUUUGGGUCAGAACCUAAUCAAUUAAUUUAGAGUGAAGAAGAAAAUAGAGGAUCUCAAAAAAUUAGGAAUUUCAAUUUAAAUGUGA